AUGAUUUCGAAGUGUCUACAACGGCCAAGGAACAUAUGUGAUAAAAUCAUGCAAAAGAAUAGUGGGGUAUUACGAAGAAGCGUGCGACCGACGACAAGGACAAUCGACGAACACGUGCUGGUGAAAGCUAAGCGGAUGGUAUCCAUCCGUCCGGGAACAGAUUCUGGACCAUCCAAAGAUAACAAGGAUCGUGCAGAACUCACUGCUAGAUGUGGGAGCCGAAAAGAUCCAGAUGGCAAAGAAACUGCAUUAGGAGACAGAAGUCCGGAAAAGCAAAAGCAAGAACGGAUUAUACAUCAGUUUCAGACAUCUAGGGAGCCUCGCCAAACCAUCACCAAGCGGAAACACGACCAAUUCAGUAGGCAACAAGAUGAAGAGAAUAACUGA